AAUUGGCCGGUAUACUCAUAUUUCCUUUGCAAGUCUCUAUUCGCCAUCCCUGGAUUUCCUGCACCCAUUCAGUGGUAUCCAUUGUGGGCAUUUGUAACUUUUAUCGUCGCCAUUGCAGCAGCAUAUAUCAGCAGGAAAAUACGGAUGUCAAAUUUUAACUCUCGAUCCUGGAGAAAAUGGAGGUUAGCACGUUUUGGACCUGUAGGAGACGAAGAGUCCCAGAUGAAUGACAGUAGUAGUCACAGCCCGCACGCCGGUGGUGGCCAACAACAUAUCGCCGUUAACCUUCAUGAUGCCUUGGAUACAAAUAAGAAGUCCCAGCUAGAGAAUGAGGAACGAAAAAGCAGUGACGAGGCUGGGGGUUCUCCAGCGGAAGCAGAUACCGCAGUCGACAGGGACCUGGCCAACUCAUUGAAAGCAUCACCUCCAGGAGAUAUUCAGCCACUGAGAAAAGGUGAUACUGUUGUACCAUCAGGUAGUAUGACCCUGAUGUCAGAUCCUACUUACAGUCUUCCAAAUGGAGCUAUCGGAUUCUCUCCGACUCCUCAGGGUUCUAAGCCAGCCGCAGAAUACCAUGGUGACACCUCACCGAUUCCGACUGACGGCGUUUCCAUAUUCGAAAGAAUAGGAUCUCCAAAACCUAAGGAAGUCUCCGACAGCAAGAUACAAGCGAAUUCCGGAUACAAUGGAGUUUCGGCAGCACCAUUUCUUCAACUCAUCCGACAUGACCUAUGGAAUUCAACCAAGAUAAUGUCAUCAAUAACGACGCUUCUUCCAUUUGGGAUAGCAACAGGUCAGAAGGCUGGCGAAGCCCCAAACGGGAAGCUUCCCAACUUACCAAAUGAUGUAAAUGUCGGUGAACCGCAGGUAAACAGGAUCUACUAUCGAAAACAGACGGCAAAAAACGAUCCUUUCUCGCGUUUAAUUUCACUUCCCAAUUUCUUUUCUGCUGCGCGUUCUAAUGACGCUCCCAAGGCUCUUGACAACUACGACAAAGAUCUUGUUUAUGGUGAUUACUAUCCCGUUCAGGAUAGCGGCAGGAAGAAUAAACUAAGAGUCCACGAAACGAAGGGCAAGGGAGGAACGGAGGAAAAUUCGAAGGAAUCUGUAUUUGAGGAGAAGCGGAGAUCAAAGGGAAAGAAAAAGGAAUCAAACACGAACUGGUUCAUAUCCAAGGAUGUUUCAACACGCACGGACAGACGCAUGGCUCAAGAGAGCGGCCAUGCAGCUCAUUUCCGGAGGGGUGCGGGCUAUCAACAACAGAGCAUCUUCAGCAGAGUAACUCAGGCAUUUCUUUAAAAUGGUUUUGUUCGAGAAAUAGAGAUCCUGAACCAGGAUACUAGUCGAAGAUGAAAUUAGUUCUGAGUGGAGUAAUUUAGAACCACCUUCUAAAUAGGAUAUAAUUCAAUGACUG